AUGUCGAAACCCCUCCCACCCCGUCCCAGUGACGACGAGCACUCCCCGCUUCUACCCCGCGAUGCCUCCUCCUCCCCCCACCACGAGCCCCAUCCCAACCCCUCAACGCUCCUCCUCUUCCGCCGUGCCGUCGGAAUCAACGCCCUUCUUCAACCCAGUGACGACUGCAAUCUCGAAGCAGGCCGGACCGCCGCCAUCGGCAUCUACGCCUCCACCAUCGCCGCCCACCGCCGCUUCCGCACCCUCCGCAUCCUCGCCACCAUCCUCGUCUACACCUGCCACGCAACGCAGAUCGUCGUCGGCGGCGUGCUCACGUGCCUCGGCCCCUCCGCGGGCGUCCACCGGCGGAGUAUCACCGCCCUCGGCGGGGUCAACACCGUGGUCGCGGGCGUGCUGACGUGGAUGAAGGGGCAGGGGAUGCCGGACAGACUCCGCGGGAAGGAGGUUGAGUUUCGGCGGUUGCAGAAUUGGAUCGAGGAGACGGAGGCGUUAUUGCUGCUCGGGACGGUGGGUGGGACGAGGGAGGAGGUUGGUGGGUUGGUUGAGACGGUGUAUCGGAGGUGGAAUGCGGCGAACGAGCGGGGCGAGAGUGUAGGGCCGGGGGAGGAGUAUGAGGAUGAGGGGAGGAAGGGGAAGGGGUCGACGAUGAGAUGGCUUAGUGGGCGGCGAUGA